AUGGUCGGAUUGAUUGUUGUCGGUGUGAUUGCUGCCAGUUUCACACGUCUUCUACCACAACUGAUGAAGGCAGCUGGCGCAUGCUGGAGCGUUGCAUUAACUAUAAGUGUCUUCAUCACCAUGAAAUACCUGAGACUCGAUUGUUUCGAUAGACCGUUUACUCUUGCAUUAUUUAUGUCAUAUAUAGUAUGGUUUGAAGAAAUGUUGCUUUGCUUAUCAGUUACUUUAUGUUUCGUGGACAUAAAUACUACGCGGAAUAAUCCCAGUAACAAGGAUUACCAAGAUAUCCUAAUCAACCUCUAUUGA